AUGUCCUCUAAAACUGUUCUUAUUUUGGCUUUUACAUUCUGUAAGUUUUCUUUUGUUUAUAGAUUUUUUACAUUUUACAGUAAACUAAAAAUUUUUAAUUUUAUAUUAAUCUUAUCACUAGUCUUUCAAGAAUACAAAGACUAAAAAAACUAUUUAGUACCUAAUUUUCCAAUAACUUAAAAAUUAAGUUUAAUUUUCAGUUGUGGUCUACGGCAGUGAGUGUCAAGCGCCACAGAACUCGACUUGCGACCUUGAGGUAUAUAAAUGUUGUGAUCAGCGAUUCCGCGAGCAUGUUGGCAUUGGUGAAGAUGUCUGUGGUAUGUUUGUAGCUGUUACAUAAUAUUUUUUAGUAUUAUUAGAAGAGCUAUUAAUUUUUUCAAAUAUUUAUGGGACUUCUAACCCUGAAAAUUUGUUUUAAACGGGAGCACAAAAUUGUAUGAACAGCCUAAUAAUCUUGCAAAUUGUAAUCCUAUUCUUUGGCUCAAUAGUUUGUUACUUUCGUAUAAAGAAAAUAGAGUUAUUUCAAAGCUAGUAUUCAAAAGUAUAAAUUAAUUUGAAUAAAAAGAGCUUUCAAAUAUUAGCUUGCACUAUAAAGCUAGUAGAUUUCAUGGUAUACGUUUUAAGCCGGUGAGACAGUCGACCACCCCUACUGUAUGCAACAAGCCUUGAACUUGGCUUUGUACACUCAUGGUCGUCAUGGUAUUUCUAAAGUUAGUAGGUCAGUUUGCAGCUUUUCAUGAACCAACUCUUUAUAGUAGUAUUAUUAUAAAGUACAUAUAUGUUACAUAGAUCAUUUCAAUACUAAUCAAAAAAAUACGGUUUUAUAAUAAAAAGGAAAAGAAAAAAAAUUUAAAAAACUUUAAAAAACAUUUGUAGCGCCUACAACGACUUCCGUGACUGUCUUGGCCAAACCUUACGAUCGUGUACUACUGCUGAGUUCUAUUUGAAGAACCGUCACGGUUUCUGGGAGUCCAAAGGGAUUCAAGCUUUGUAUGCUGGACUAAACUUUAUUUGUGGUCCUGGACUGGAAAGUAAGUUUUGGUAAUGACAAAAAAAAUAUAGAAGUUAGCAAAGUUUAUAAGGAUAUCGCAGUAGGAAGUAAAUAACAGAGAAAAAUGAAGAGUUUCAGAAAAAAUUGAUAGGAAAGCUGAAAAUAUAUCUUGACCUUCUUCCUAACUGCGACUGUAAUAAAUUAUGGUUUAUAAUUUACGAUGUAAAAAUCAAUCGUUUAGCCCUGUUGGUCAACGAGCCAUGUAUCCUAAAGACUUACCGUACUCACUUCGCUGAACUUCAUCAAUGUACCGUGCAAUUCGAAAACAAUGUCAGAAGAGACAUUAAGGAUGCUUGUACUUAUGAACGUGAGCUUACUGGAUGCUAUGAGCUGACAUUCCGCAAAGAAUGCUCAGCUGAAGUGGCUUGGUGGUCUUGUGAACAUCAGAGAAGCUAUGCCAGUGGAUUCUUGCCUCACUGUGAUUCACAGUGUGUGUCACAUCAAAAUUACAUCAAGGCUGUUAAUGGUACUGCUUGA